UGGAGUAUCAUUUUUCCUGUUGCCUUUGUCGUUUGCAGGUCACUAGAAGGACUGAAAACAUUCAGUUACUUGGAAGAGCUGAUCUUGGACAACAAUCUACUUGGAAAUGACCUUCUGUUACCCAGGUUACCCCACCUCCAUACCUUAACACUCAACAAGAACCAAAUAACAGAAUUAGAAAAACUUUUGGACCAUUUGGCUGAAGUUGUGCCCUCGCUACGGUAUCUCAGUUUGCUUGGAAACAUGGCCUGCCCAAAUGAACUGGUCUGCAAAGAAAAGGAUGAAGAUGACUACCAGAGGUACAGAUAUUUUGUCCUGCACAAAUUGACAAACCUGAAGUUUCUUGAUACCCGGAAAGUAACCAGGAGGGAGAGAGAGGAAGCCUUGGUAAGAGGUGCUUUCAUGAAAGUGGUUAAGCCCAAGGAUGCUAAGGUCUGCAGUGAUGCUGCCUCCACCUCUCCAGAGAUGCACUAUACACCUCUGCCUUCAGGAUCUAGAGACCUCACCAAUCACAGAG